AUGAUGCCUGAAUCUGAUAGCUGUCGUUUCGAAACAGUAGCUGAAUUGGAUGCAGGUUCGUCCGAACUCGGAUUACUACCAGAAUAUAUUCAAAAACUGAAAUUAGUGACAUUAGGCUCACCAAUUGAAAUUGAAUCACCACUCGAUGGAAAGAAGACGAAGGUAGCUGUCUUUGAACCUGUAAUAAUUGAUUUUUGUGGAAAACAAAUAGCAGUGCCAGUCUAUGAACUUAAACAUACGUCUCGAGCAUUAUUAGGUUUGAAACCAGCUCAACGAUUAAAAAUCGAUGUAGAUUGGAUUCAUUCUAAGGUUAUCUUACCAAGCACUGCAUAUAGUCACAAGGCCUAUAUUGUUGCUCCACAGGAUCUAUUUAAUCUGUUUGGAUCCGAUGGUCAUACGAUUGAAGCUUUACAACGGCAACACAAGGGAAACUAUAAUAACAUUACAGAUGGUUCAGCAGCUAUUCAGGCAAUCUGUCCAAGUCUUACUCCAGCACCUGAAGAAGAACGAUCAUGA